AUGGGCCCGGAUGCUGAAGCAUGUUCACUGGAAGGAAGCAGGCAACAGUUAAUGACACUGUACUUCGCUGCACUGAAUAAUGACGGUCCGAAAUGGCCAGACUUAGAGCUGAGCGCAGUGAAUUCAGGAUACGCUGCUGAAUGGAAUCAGAAUCGGAGGCGGAGUAACGCCACGCGCAACAUCUAUUUCAGGAUUGGUUCGCAGCAGCAGCAACAGCAGUCGGCCAUCCUGCACCCCGGCACUGCAGCAGCAGCAAAAGCAGUCCUUUUUGCGAAGCAAUAG